AUGGCGGGCUUGGAAGUGCUGUUCGCAUCGGCGGCGCCGGCCAUCACCUGCGCGCAGGACGCGCUUGUCUGUUUCCUGCACUGGGAAGUUGUGACGCAUGGCUAUCAUGGCUUGGGCACCGGCGACGAGUCAGGUCCCAAUGAUAAGAAGUCAGAACUGCUGCCUGCUGGGUGGAACAACAGUAAAGACCUGUAUGUCCUCCGGUAUGAGUCCAAGGACGGGUCGCGGAAGCUCCUUUUGAAGGCUGUCACCGUGGAAAACAGCAUGAUCAUCAACGUGCUAGAAUGUGGUUCACAGCAAGUGGCAGACUUGACUUUGAAUUUGGAUGAUUAUAUUGAUGGAGAACACCUGGGUGACUUCCACAGAGCUUACAAGAACAGUGAGGAACUUCGGUCUCGUAUUUUGUCUGGAAUCAUCUCCCCAAUCCAUGACCACUCGGAAAAGGCCAGUGUGAGCAGUCCUCAACGAGAGUUCCCCCCUGCCACUGCCAGAGAGGUGGACCCACUUCGGAUUCCCCCACACUACCCGCCUCACUCCACCCGGCAGCCUCCUUGGCGUGAUCCCCUGGGCCCAUUUUCUGUCGGGGGAGAAGACCUGGACCCCUUUGGGUAUGGGCGAGGUGGCAUGAUUGUGGAUCCCCUGAGAUCUGGCUUCCCCAGAGCACUUAUUGACCCAUCCUCAGGCCUCCCAAACAGGCUUCCUCCAGGCGCUGUGCCCCCAGGAGCACGCUUUGACCCCUUUGGACCCAUCGGAACCAGCCCAUCUGGACCUAACCCAGACCAUCUGCCCCCACCGGGCUUCGAUGACAUGUACCUGUGA